AUGGGUUCCGUAACCCCUUCAUCCUCUUUCAAUGUCCUUCGAGACACCAAACCAGAAGAUACGACACUUCCCGCCUUCAUGGUUUCCACCACCCGUGGUUUCCUUCCCCGUGCAAAUCCCAUCAUCCGCUUACCUGCAGAGUUCGAUGUGCUCGAGUCUAUUUUGACCCGCAUGCCUAUCAAGACUCUUGAUGGUACUCCAGGCCUCCUGGCAACCUCUUCUCUGGGUGAGACUGUCCUCAAAGAGCUGCCUGACCUCACCAGCGCCAUCGAUAAGUACAAAGAUAAUCUACCACUGCAAAACGCACUCUACCGCGAUUAUUCAUUUCUGGCUUCGGCUUACUUGCUGGAACCGUGCCAUGAGAGAUUCAUGAAGGGUGAGGGUUACGGCCUUGGCCGCCAAACACUUCCUGCUGUCAUAUCGUUACCAAUAUCGAGAUGUGCUGAGUUAGCUGGCUUCAAACCCUUUAUGGAAUACGCUGGCAGUUACGCCCUAUUCAACUAUCAGCUACAGGAUCCAAAGAAUGGCUUGCAAUACGACAACCUCCGCCUCAUCCGGGCCUUUGAGCAUGGUCUUGACCCGAAGUCGUCCGAGGCCGGAUUCGUUCUGGUUCACGUUGACAUGGUACAAAACUCAGGGCCCCUAGUCGAUGGAGUUGUCUCUGCACUCGACGCUUGCAGUGGCACCGAUCGCAAAGCCUUCAAUGACGGCCUAGAAAAGAUUGUAUCGAGCAUGACAAAAGUCAACAAGGUUAUGGACGGUAUGUGGGGAAAGAGUAAACCAGGAGAUUACACUUCUUUCCGAACUUUCAUAUUCGGCAUUACUAGUCAAUCCAUGUUUCCAAAUGGAGUCAUAUACGAGGGUGUCUCGGACGAGCCUCUAUCUUUCCGGGGAGAAUCUGGUGCAAACGAUAGCAUGAUUCCCCUCUGUGACAACUUCCUGCAAAUCACAAUGCCGGAUACGCCUUUGACAUCUAUUCUACAAGAUUUCCGCUCAUACCGCCCAGGAAACCAUCGCGAGUUCCUCGAAUAUGUCAAGGCUCGCUCCAUCGAUCUUUCCUUGAAGUCCUUUGCACUACAAGAUCCAUCUUCUGCAGCGCUGUAUUUGCUCAUCCUCAACCAAGUCCGUGACUUUAGAUGGAGACAUUGGUGCUUUACUCGCGAGUAUAUCUUGAAGAAGACAACUCAUCCAGUGGCGACAGGUGGAAGCCCGAUCGUAACCUGGCUACCAAACCAGUUGCAAGCAGUGAUGCAAGCCAUGGUUGACGUCUGGGAGGGAAGUGACAAGGCGUUGGGCGGAGAAUGUGAGGAUGUUAUGGAUAAGUUAUAUGUCCAACGAGAGACGCUGAAGAAAGAGGUGGAUAAGUAUUGUCAGGAGAGAAAGGUGUAG